UAAUCCAUCAAUCACCAUGGAGGGUAUGUUGCAUAUUUGCCUCCCAUCUGACUUCUGAAUGCCCCUUCGGACCCAGCGCACUCCAUGACCAAAAUUUUUCUCGGAUGAGUAGUCGCUGAUUGAUUUCCCGAUGUACAGAAGAAGUUGCUGCCCUCGUUAUCGACAAUGGUUCGGGCAUGUGCAAGGCCGGGUUUGCUGGUGACGAUGCUCCGCGAGCUGUCUUCCCAUCUAUUGUCGGGCGUCCUCGUCACCAUGGCAUCAUGAUCGGUAUGGGCCAGAAGGACUCGUAUGUCGGCGAUGAGGCACAGUCCAAGCGUGGUAUCCUCACCCUCCGAUACCCCAUCGAGCACGGUGUUGUCACCAACUGGGACGAUAUGGAGAAGAUCUGGCACCACACCUUCUACAACGAGCUCCGUGUUGCUCCCGAGGAACACCCGGUUCUGUUGACCGAGGCUCCCAUCAACCCCAAGAGCAACCGUGAGAAGAUGACGCAGAUCGUCUUCGAGACCUUCAAUGCCCCGGCCUUCUACGUCUCCAUCCAGGCCGUCCUGUCGCUGUACGCAUCUGGUCGCACCACUGGUAUCGUUCUCGACUCCGGUGACGGUGUCACCCACGUCGUCCCCAUCUAUGAGGGUUUCGCUCUUCCCCACGCCAUUGCCCGUGUCGACAUGGCUGGCCGUGACUUGACCGACUACCUCAUGAAGAUCCUGGCUGAGCGUGGCUACACUUUCUCCACCACUGCCGAGCGAGAAAUCGUCCGUGACAUCAAGGAGAAGCUCUGCUACGUUGCCCUGGACUUUGAGCAGGAGAUCCAGACUGCUUCCCAGAGCUCCAGCUUGGAGAAGUCGUAUGAGCUUCCUGACGGCCAGGUCAUCACCAUUGGCAACGAGCGCUUCCGUGCCCCCGAGGCUCUGUUCCAGCCUUCGGUCCUGGGUCUUGAGAGCGGUGGCAUCCACGUUACUACCUUCAACUCCAUCAUGAAGUGCGACGUCGACGUCCGAAAGGAUCUCUACGGCAACAUCGUCAUGUCUGGUGGUACCACCAUGUACCCUGGUCUCUCGGACCGUAUGCAGAAGGAGAUCACUUCUCUUGCUCCUUCUUCCAUGAAGGUCAAGAUCAUCGCUCCUCCUGAGCGGAAGUACUCUGUCUGGAUCGGUGGUUCCAUCCUGGCUUCCCUGUCCACCUUCCAGCAGAUGUGGAUCUCGAAGCAGGAGUACGAUGAGAGCGGCCCUUCAAUCGUGCACCGCAAGUGCUUCUAAGCUCCUCGUCACCACGUUGACGAGUUUCUCUCGAGCCCUACACCGCAUCUGAUAAGAUCAGCCACAAUGCAGACCCCGUCGAUGUCUCGCAUUUAUCUCGAACCAGUCUCAUAUUGAAAAGUUUUGAUCCUGGCCGGGGAUGGAGGGGGCGUGUUUUCUCUGAUUGCAAAAGAUGAAGGCCUUUGUUUUCCUAGGAGGGUGCGGGGGUGGCCGCGAUUGCGUAUAGGGUAGGGAUAUGGACAACUAUCACGAGGUUGAUCAUCAUAAACUUUACACCUUCUCCCACUAA